GGGAAGAGGCGAGCAAAUAUUCGCUUUGAGGAUUGUUAUUGGGGGGUCCUCGUGAACCCUGGACCGCGGGGGGCCAUUACCCCCAUUUUACUGGAGAGCAAACUAAGGCUGGGGGAGGUGGUUAUCACCCACGUGACCCGGAAAUUAUUGUGCCUUUGGAGAGACCAUUGAUCCACAGAAAGAUGACUGAAAGUAGUGGAAAGGAAAAAGUUAAAUGGAUUACAACUGUAAUUAUAAGCUCAUCUCUUCAGAGUCACGAAGUUGCAGCCAUCUUAAAAAAUGAGAACCACAAAGUUCGUUUUUCAAAUUCAGUAGAACCUGGAUCCAUUAUUUUUUCUCUUUCUGGGGUUGCGUUUUUACUGCUAGACACCCAGGACUGUUUUAUGACAACUGAAGAAACCCUUUUGGCCCAAAUUGAGAAGUUCAUGAGGAUCCACCGGAACAGCUUUUUGGCCCUCUCUGCCGCCCUCCACGGCCCUCGUGAGUGGAGGUUGAUGUUCAGGAUUCAGCAGAGAUUCCUGGGUGAUAAUUUACGCAUCAUUCCAGUCCACAACCCAUUAGACACUGUUAAACUGAUGACCACAAUAGCUAAGAGCACUUGCAAACCAUAUAUCGACAACAUUCAUUACAGAAUGAAUAUUGCUAAAGCCCAGAUCAUAGAGCAAAGUCCUGUUUGGAAAACACUUCGCAAGAUACAACUGGAUUGUGAUUCCAUUAAUAUGUAGUGUUACCAUUAAAACUUGGCUACUUUCUUCACAGUAAAGUUCAUCCCAUCUUGUGCAUAUAAAGAU